AUGACCUAUGCUGAAAUGGUCUCCAGCCUGAAGAAGAAUUUAAAAGAGGAAGAGGCAUUAAUGAAAGAUAUAGAGAGCGUGAGGGAGACUAGAGAGGGGCACUUGCUGGUCGAAGUGAAAAAGGGCAGCACAAACAUGGCAAAUCUGCUCGAAAAAAUCAAAACGACCUCUCAUAUGGAAACAGUCCAUAGACUAAAUGGUGCAGCGGCAAAAAAGGCUGUCAAUCUGUAUGGGAUAAACAUCGACAUGAAAGAGGAGGAAAUAGGAAAGAGGAUACAGGAAAUAUUGGGGAAACCAGAAAAUGACCAGGAAAUAGAAGUGAGGGCCCUCAGACAAAUGAGGGGUGGAAGGCAGGCAGCCACCAUAUUAGCAUUCCCGCAAACAAUAGGGAAAUUAAUCCAAAUCUGGAAUAUUAAAUUGGGCUUCUCUAGCGCACUGGUGAGAGAAAGGGAUGAUAAGAUCAGGUGCAAUAGAUGCUGGGAGGAGGGGCACUUUGCAAAAGACUGCAGAGGAGAGGACAGAGCAAAAAAAUGUAGAAAUUGUACAAGCGAAGGUCACCUUGUAAGAGAGUGUACGGAAAAGCCACAUUGUCUGGUUUGUAAUAGGACGGGACACAGAACAUUCAGUGGUCAGUGUAAGGGAAAAACGAAAGCCAUAAGGAAAGAGGAGGAGGGGAAGGUGGUAAGGAGGUCACAAUCUCCGCCACCGGGCACCACUGAAGGGCAGAGAGACGAAAUGCAAUUGUGA